AUAUUUCACUGACAUUUCAAAAUUGUGUUUUCGUCCAAGUUUUUGGCAACCGGAAAGAAGGGGCGGGGAUCUAGCAGAAGUUACUGCGCGCAUAUUGAGCUUUCCAAGGGGCAUACGAUUCCAAUCGCGGAAGUGGACUUGAACGAAAAAACAUCCUGCCAAUAACUGGUGACGAGCCAGUUUGUCCCAGACCUCCGACGAAUCCGUAUGCCAAGCUGGAAUCAGCGCCAUGGAUAGCCUGCGAUAUGCGGUCGAGUUUGCCCACGAUGAGAAUCUGCUGGGUGGCCAAUCGAAGGUGAGUCACCUGUCGGGAUUUCUGGCCAAGCUCACCCUUGGGACAGCCGAAGAAAGCGAUGAUGAGCGCCCUGAGUUGCAUGGGAAACUAUUACAACUGAAGCGGGAAGCGGAUCUACUAGACACCCAAAUUGAUUCGCCCGAUUAUUACGCCCAGAAGGAGGAAUUAAUCUUCAAGGUCGUGUGCGAACUCAGAGGCAUUGACCACGAGCAGUGGCUCCAGGAGGAAAUGGGUCUGAUGGAUGACGCCGCGUUUGACGAUUUUCUGCAGGAUACGUUUGUUUGCGAUGCAAAUUGACUAGCAGCUCCUUGCGCUUAGGCUUCAUUCAUUUUAAUAAACAUUUCCAUUC